GCUGUCACUGAAAAUAUUGUAUACAAACUAAGGAAUUGAAUUAAAUUGGCAAAUAGUGCAAUAUUUGACAACAUGAGCAUAGAUCUGCGCCACAGUUCGACUCUACACAGUCUGGUGUGCCAGUCGAUAUUGGUGUUGAUGUGCUUAAUCUGCUACGGAUAUGGAGGCUUGAGUGGAGCCAAGUUUGUGUUUGACGACACCGUAGCUAUUGUUAAAAACAGGAAUGUUAACGCUUUGCCCACCAACUGGACGGCCAUCUUCAGCCACGACUUCUGGGGAGCUCCGCUCCUAAGCGCGGAUUCGCACAAAUCAUUUCGACCACUGACUACGCUCAUGUUUCACUAUGAGUACGCGCUCCUUGGCUUAAAUGCCGCCCAUAUGAAGUUCCUCAAUCUGUUGCUGCACUGCGUCAACACGCUGCUCAUGUGGCGUCUGGUAAGAUCGCUGUACGUCGAAGCAAUCGACAUUGAGCGCUGGGCAACCAUUUCGGCAGCACUGUUCGCCGCUCAUCCAGUACAUACUGAAGCGGUCUCUGGUGUUGUUGGUCGCGCCGAGCUAAUGUUUGGUUUGAUACACUUGCUCUGUCUGCUGUUAACGGUUGCCAGCGUGGACAAGCGAGGCGCCAGCAGUGUUGUCCUAAUCUUGGUGCUUACGGCCAUUGGCAUGCUGUUCAAGGAGUCGGCAGUGACCAUACCACUGUCAUGUGCCACGCUGGACUACUUUCAGAAUGGCACCUACAUGCUACCGCGUAAACUACAGCAUAAAGUAAUCACCACUCGACUACGCUAUCUAUGUUACCUUCUCGGCACUGUAUUCCUCGUGGUGGCACGUCUCUGGUGGCAGAAUUUCGAGUCGCCCGAGUUCAAGGCCGUGGACAAUCCAAUAGCACAUAACGAGCAUCUAUUAACACGCGGUCUGUCGCAGCAAUAUCUGCUGGUGAUGAACUUCUGGCUGAUGCUGUGUCCGCAGUGGUUGUGCUUCGACUGGGCCUUGGGAUGCGUUAAUCUUGUGACGAGCAUUUGGGAUAUGCGACUGCAGGCGGUCAUUGCAUUCUAUUCAUUUAUUCUGGUCGCACUGAUGAAUUUUCGACGUCUGGCCGGCCUAAUGCUCGGCCUGGCACUGAUGGUCAUACCGUUCCUGCCCGCCUCGGGCAUCAUCCGCGUCGGAUUUGUUAUUGCUGAGCGUACAUUGUAUGUGCCCUCGAUUGGCUUCUGUCUGCUGUCCGUCUAUGGAUUUCUUUAUUGUUACAAUUACAAUGCGGACAAAGCCUACUGGCGUAACAUGCUUCAGUCGCUUCUCAUGCUCCUCUUCGCCGUGAUGAUGAUACGGACCCGUCAACGCGCUGCAGAGUGGCUCAACGAGGAGACACUGUUCAGCUCGGCGCUUCAGGUGUGUCCCAACAACGCCAAGGUGCACUACAACAUUGCUCGGCUCGCAACGGACACGGGUAACAGCACAAGGGCUUUUCAGCACUACCACAAGGCCAUCGAGUUGUAUCCGGAGUACGAGUCGGCCCUAAUGAACCUGGGUAAUCUGUAUCGUGAGCACGGCCAGCUGCUGACGGCUGAGAAGUAUAUUCGUGCGGCAUUGAGUGCUUAUUCUGCUUUCCCCGUGGCCUGGAUGAAUCUGGGCAUUGUGCAGUCGGCCCAAAAGAAGUACGACGAGGCACUGCACAGUUAUAAGGAGGCACUCAAGUAUCGGGCCAACUAUGCCGUCUGUUACUAUAACAUGGGCAAUCUGUAUCUAGAGCAGCAGCGCUAUGCUGAAGCACUGCAUCAUUGGCAGCAUGCGGUUGCCGUGAAUCCACGACAACCGAAAGCUUGGGCCAAUAUUCUGACCAUGCUGGAUAACCGGGCCAUGUACGAGGAUGCAUUGCGUCUCUCGGAGCAGGGCUUGAUUCAAUUGCCUCAUGAGCCGAGCAUAUUGUUUAUACGCGCCAAUGUCUUGGGCAAACUGAAGCACUACGUCGAAGCGGAGGCACUUUAUAAGCAGGUCAUUGUGAUGGAUCCUUAUAAUAUGCUCUAUCACACAAACCUCGGUGUGCUCUACCAUCGCUGGGAUAAAGUUCAAGAAGCCAUUGAUUCCUAUAGGACUGCCAUCAGUCUGAAUGCCUCGCGAGCGACAACAGCGCGGGAUAAUCUGGGAAAGCUUUUAAAGCGCAUGGAACGUGAGGCAGCCAAAGAACACAAGUAAAAAAUAAGGGGUAUAUCUUCAACUUAUUGUAACUAUAGUAUAGUAGAGUUUAGGGAUUCUGGUCAUUAGUUUAGGCAUCAUUCUCUAUAUUGUUGUUAGUUUAAUUUCUUACCAUACCAUUGAAUGAAAUCUCCGAAACAUACGAUUUAAUACAAAUUUUUUUUGUUGUGUACUUUCCCACCUAUUUCGUCCAAUAGGAACUGUAAAACAAAUCCUAAAUAACACCGAUCUCUCUUUCGACUUUGUACUAAUUAGUACUUUUAUAUAUCUUAAAUAUCUAGUGUAAACUUAGAUUAAAUUUCAUCAAUUUAUGCAUCACAAUUUAGAAAUUAAGAAAGCUAUAUAUUUUAUAUUUAUUUAUUUACUCAAGGGUAUGUACAAUUAAGAUUAGAACUAAAUAAUGAUCGAACAACUACAUGACAAACAUAAAUUAAUUUAAAUCUAAGACAUAAGACCUACAAAAAAUACUUUCGAGAGCAGCGAAACAGUUCUUGCAACUAUUAUUAAUGACAAAUCGAAUCAAUUCCAUUACAGUAUUCGCAUUACAAAAUAAUAAUACCGACAAUUACAUAAACUACUUAUAUAUAAAUAUAGGAAUAUACAGAUAUAUUCAGACGAUCCACAUGGAGAACAUAUUUUGUUGGCAAAAGGCAAAAUAAGAUGAAUACAAUUUGAACAAAAGGUUGAGUUUUUUGUAAAUUAAUCACAAUGUUAAUUAUAAGCAAAUAUUAAAUAUGCAAAAUAUAUGUAUGUAUGUAUGUAAAUGUAUAAUAACCAAGUCUUUGAUGUUGAGAUGCACGUCUGUUUAGUUUUGGGCGAGUUAGCGAGCAACCAACGGCGAUUCAAUUUAUCUAACA